GGAUGCUGAAGCCCGAGAAAGAGAAGCCGUUCCUGGGAGCUCUGCCUAGGGAGAAUGGCUCUGGGCGCCAGGGAAGCAGGGGGCCCGCUGGAGAGACCGGAACAGUGCAAACACGACUCCGCAGGACUCUGCAGGCCCAGCGACAAUGAUGGGGAAGUUUCCCACCUUCUCCCGCAGCUCCACAGUGAGCUCGGCUCUACCUGGCUACCUCACACUCUGCCUCGCUCUCCUGGUUCACAGGCUGGCCUCAGCACAGUUCAAAGUGAGGGGACCUGAGCGUCCAGUCGCUGCCUCCCUAGGUGGGGAGGCCGUCCUGUCCUGUCACCUCUCCCCCAGCAUGAGCGCAGAAAAUAUGGAGGUGAGGUGGUUCCGAGGCAAGUUCUCCUCAGUUGUGCACCUGUAUCGUGGCGGGAAGGAUCAGUAUGGGCUGCAGAUGGUGGAAUAUCAAGGGAGAACUGAGCUCUUGAAAGACGACAUAACCAAUGGGAGAGUUUUCCUGAGAAUACACAAUAUCCGUCCCUCUGACAAUGGGCAGUACACAUGUUAUUUUCAGUCCAGUGUCUCUUAUGAAGAAGCUUUAUUGGAACUCCGGGUGGCAGGUUUGGGCUCUGCUCCUGCCAUCUCUAUGGAGGGACAUCAGGAUGGAGGGGUCCAGGUAGUGUGUCAAUCAUCCGGGUGGUACCCACAACCCGAGGCUGUGUGGAGAGAUCACCAGGGACAGCGCUUACCAUCGGUCUCUGAAAAGACGUCCCAGGAGGCCGGUGGCUUGUUUCAGACAGAGACUGCCAUUGUUCUAACAGAAGAGUCCAACCGGAAGGUGUCCUGCCACAUCAGGAACCCACGACUCAACCAAGAGACAGAGUCAGUGAUUUCCAUAGCAGAGCUUUUUUUCCCGAGAGUCAAUGCCUGGAUGGUGUCUGUGUGGGUGAGCGUGGCUCUCCUGGUCACUGUUAUUGCGGUGGCCAGUUUCUGCUUCUGGAGGCAGUACCAUGCAAAAGAGACUCUGCGAUCUGCCCUGGACAGCGAGAAAGAGACCCUGCUGUCUGACUGGAAGGAGGAGACAGAGAAACUGCGCUCUGCCAUGAAGCAGCAGAAAGCUGACUACGAGGCAAUGAAAGGUGAGGGCAUGUCGACUGGUUUCAAUUAUGUUUUAAUUGGAAAAGGGCCACUCAGAGCAGC